CAGGGCAGCUCCCAGAAUACAAUCUGAAGCCCUGAGACCUCUCACUCUACUGCAGGAUUACUACAAAACAACACCACAUAAACUGCUUUACUGUUCAAAGUAAAAGUACUUCAACUACUCCGGAGUCUGCUCAUUCUACAAGAGGAACUACAACAUCUACAGAAACUAAUUCAUCUACUGAAGAAAGUACUCCUUGCUACUACUGUAACCACUAAAUCAACCGCGGGAUUACAACAGUCCACCACAAACUCUUUCAAGAUCCGCCCUGCUGAGGUCAAAGCAAUCAGAACCCAACCAGAGACACAAGAACCUGGCACCUCAAGCUGGAGAAGAACCAGAAACCAGAAGCCAGAACCAGGCCAAAGCCAGCACCCGACCAGUAAGCCAGUAAAAGUCUGGAGAGGACCAAACAAGGCCAAGACACACCAGAAGAGACCAGUAGAAAUCAGUAAAGGCCAUUGGAAAAGUUUGAUGGGACUGCUGACGAUAGCCACAUGCCUCUGAGUCCGGCUGCUGACACCAAACAUGAUCGCCCACGGCAACAGGCGGUUACUAACGGCAACCCGACAGGCUCUGCUGUUGCCAGGGACGACGACGCGGAUGACACGCCCCCUGGGAAUAGCAUUGUCGUCCGCAUUGGCAUCCCGGACCUGCAGCAGACGAAGUGUUUGCGGUUGGACCCAGAGUUACCAGUUUGGACCAGUAAGCAGAGGGUUCUGGUGACGUUGACUCAGUCUCUGUCGGAUGUUUUGAACUAUGGUCUCUUCCAGCCGGCGUUCAACGGCCGAGCCGGAAAGUUUCUGGACGAGGAGCGACUGCUGAAGGAGUAUCCUCUCCCCCCCAUCACACCCAUCCCAUACCUGGAGUUUCGUUACAAGAGGAGAGUUUACACGCAGAGCUACGUGGACGAUAAACAGCUGGCCAAGUUACACACCAAGGCCAAUCUGAAGCGUUUUAUGGAACAUGUUCAUCAGAAGAAUGUGGAGAAGGUUUCCAGAUGGCUGGAAAAAGGCCUGGACCCCAACUUCCAUGAUUCUGACAGUGGAGAGUGUCCUCUGACCCUGGCGGUGCAGUUGGAGGAGAGCUGCGACUUGAUCAAAGUCCUUCGCAGUGGGGGAGCUCACCUGGACUUCAGGACCAGAGACGGCAUCACCGCUCUGCACCGAGCCGUCCUCUGCAGGAACAGCGCCGCGCUCACUACCCUGCUGGACCUCGGCGCGUCUCCGGACUACAAGGACAGCAGAGGUCUCACUCCUCUCUAUCACUCUGCCAUGGUGGGUGGCGCCCCCUACUGCUGCGAGCUGCUGCUGCAGGACCAUGCAACCAUCGGGAUGACUGAUGAGAACGGGUGGCAGGAAAUCCACCAGGCGUGUCGCUAUGGUAACGUGCAGCACUUGGAGCACCUGCUGUUCUACGGCGCUGACAUGAGUUCCCAGAAUGCAUCGGGAAACACGGCACUGCACCUCUGUGCGCUCUAUAACCAGGACAGCUGUGCCAGAGUGCUGCUGUUCAGAGGAGCCAACAAGGACAUCAAGAACUACAACAGCCAGACUGCCUUUCAGGUGGCGAUCAUUGCUGGGAACUUUGAUCUCGCAGAAAUCAUCAAGAUCCACAAAACCUCUGAUGUUGUUCCCUUCAGAGAAACUCCCUCCUACACCAAACGCCGCCGAGUCGGCGUGACCAGGACGCCGGCCGGAAACGGUCUCUCAUCUCCGCGCUCUCUGAUUCGUUCUGCCAGUGACAACGCUCUGGAGAGCCCCGCCUCCUCCCCUGGCCCCUCCCUCCAAAGCCUGGAGACACACCACGACACGCACACGCACUCGCUACGACGACAACCACGCCGACUCAGCCCGGGCGCUGGAGGUCACGUGGAGACCAGCCCCCCACCCUCCCCUCCCCUGACCCCCCAGAUGAGGAAGAGGAGGCUGUACAGCGCCGUGCCAGGGCGCACCUUCAUCGCCACCCGGUCCCACGUCCCCCAGGGGCCCGGCGAGAUCCAGCUGCACCGAGGAGAGAGAGUGAAAGUGCUGUCUAUAGGUGAGGGAGGAUUCUGGGAAGGAAGUGUCAAAGGAAGAACUGGUUGGUUUCCUGCCGACUGCGUUGAAGAAGUCCAGAUGAGACAAUACGACCCCAGACUGGAGACCAGGGAGGACCGCACCAAGAGACUGUUCAGACAUUAUACUGUGGGAUCCUACGACAACUACACCUCCUACAGUGACUACGUGAUCGAGGAGAAGGCGGCCGUGUUGCAGAAGAGAGAGAGCGAGGGAUUCGGCUUCGUCCUCAGAGGAGCUAAAGCCGAGACGCCCAUCGAGGAGUUUGCCCCCACCCCGGCGUUUCCCGCUCUUCAGUACCUGGAGUCAGUUGACCAGGGGGGCGUGGCUUGGAGGGCAGGGCUACGGACCGGAGACUUUCUCAUAGAGGUGAACGGCACCGACGUGGUGAAGGUGGGUCACCGACAGGUCGUCGCUCUGAUCCGACAGGGAGGAAGUCACCUGCUGAUGAAAGUCGUGUCUGUUUCCAGAAAAUCAGAAUCCAAUCUGCUCAGGAAGAAAGCUCCACCCCCUCCGAAAAGAGCCCCCAGCACCUCGCUGACGCUCCGAUCCAAGUCCAUGACCGCUGACCUGGAGGAGAUAGAGAAACUGGAUGAGAUGUUGGCCGGCGGCCAGCAGGAAGUCGUUCUGAGGGCCCGUCCGUCGGACGACUUCAGAGCCGCGACGGUCAAACAGCGACCGACCAGCCGACGAAUCACACAGGCUGAGAUCAAUUCCCUGUUUGAGCGUCAGGGUCUGGUGCCCCCCUCUGCCCCAGAGAAGAGCACCAUGCCUUUACCCAGAGGAAUGUCCAGAACCAAGAGUUUUGGCACACCUGAGGACGACAGGAUCACCGCUCUGAUCAAUGAGAAUCGGUUUCCACGGAGCUCCUCGCUGACGGACAGCUUCAUCCCUCCUCCUCCUCAGACAGCUCCCCCUCCUCCUCCCUCCGCCUCCUCCACUUCGUCGCUCUUCCUCCUUGACUCCGGGCCUCCUCCCUCCUUCCUCCCGCCCCCUCCCCCCGCCAGAGGGGAGGGGCUGACCCGCUCCAGCUUCAAGCCGGGAGCAGAGCCAAGGCUGCAGGAGCUCUCCGAUUCGCCGACGAGGAGCCACGCCCAUGCCGAGCGGCAGAGGAAGGCGAGGUCGAUGAUCAUCCUGCAGGACACGCCGCCGCCGCAGCCUGACACACAUGCUGUCGCCACGCACACCGCCACACACACGCUUCACACCGCCACGCACACCUCCACGCUGUCUCUCCACAGCACCAGCCCCGCCCUCGGCCACUCACCGCUGUCCCGCCGCCGGGGUCGACCAAUAGAAAACCCUUAUGCUAACGUGGGACAGCAGGCUCCACCCACCAAACCGCAGAGGAGGAAGUCACCUUUGUUGAAACAACUUCCUGUAGAGGAGCAGGGACUUGGAAUCAAAGAUCACGAUUUGUCAAAAUCAGACGGCGGCGGGCCCGGCAGCCCCAGCAGGGCGGAGUUGUACCAGCAGCAGGUCCUUUCAGAGCGUGCCCGGGUUCAGGGCCGCCGGUCGUCCCUCUUCCUGUCCGUUGAAGGGGCGGGGUCAGAAAACCAGGCGCCACCCCUCCUGACUCAGAGCCAUUCGAUGGAUGACCUCGGCGAGCUUCCUCCUCCCGCCCCGGUCCUAUCGCCUUCACCGACACCUCACACCUUCCUCCACCCACUGACAGGGAAACCUCUGGACCCCUCCUCUCCACUCGCCCUGGCUCUUGCUGCACGAGAACGAGCGCUCACCGCCCGAACGCCAAGCCCCGAGCCUCGAACUAAACACGCAUCUGCCUCCACUACACCCAUCCCCACCCCAGCCGCCAGCCCGGAGGGCAGACACAAGCGCACCCCUAUCGCCACUCCACAGAGCAGCCCUGAGCCCCGAUCCAAGCGCACCACCCCACAGACAAGCCCAGAGCAGCGAACCAAACGCACUACUCCUCAAACCAGCCCUGAGCUGAGGCAUAAACGCAUAACCCCGCCCCUGUUCCCUGACGGACAGGUGGAGCGUCCAGAAACAGAGGGAGGAGUGACGUCACCUGCCGGCCCCUGCCCUGAACGUUGGAGACCCUCCCCUUUGCCACCGCUGGCCAAUGAGAGUCACUCUGCUCUGAUUGACAGGCGCAGAAGCCUCACAGUGGGCAGCUCAGAGGAGGAGGGCGGGGCUUACACAGUGACACUCCCACCAGCAUUGUUGUCGUCCAGCGAUGAGGAAACUAGGGAGGAGCUGCGCAGAAUUGGUCUGGUGACUCCUCCCCCUGCCUUCGCCACUUCUCCUGCUCCUCCUCCCCCAUCCUCCCUCACUCUAUUGCCACGGCGAGGUGGGGAGGGAGGGGGAGGAGAGAGCGGUCCUGAUUCCCUGGGAAGACGAGAUGAGGAGGAAGGAGGUGACGAAAGGCUCCAUGACAGCUCCUCCUCCCCUAGCUCCCUCCCUCCCUCCAUCACCUUGGCCUCCCCUCCUGUUCCAUCCUCCCCCUCCUCCCCACCUGCUGCUCAUCCAUCUCCCUCAUCCGCCUCCACUUCCCCAUCAGGCCUAAAGCCUCGCCUCCGCUCGCCGAUCGGCCGGGGCCGCACGGCGCUUCGGGACCCGCUGCUGAAGCAAUCAUCCGACAGUGAGCUCCUCCCCUCUGCUGCAUCCUCCUCCUCUCCCUCCUCCCCACUCAGUUCCUCCCCCACUAGUGGUGGGGGCCGGCAGCCACGCUACCUAUUCCAGAGGAGGUCCAAGCUGUGGGGUGGAGGGGAUGAGCGUGGGGAGGAGCGGCGGGGCCUCAGCCCAGAGGAAGGAGGAGGCCGCCCGCCAGCACUGGGAGGUCAGGGGUCGGGGUCGGCUGUGGAUCUGACCAGCCGGUCAGCAUCGGCACUGGAGCUGAGCGGCAGGGCCGGGUCUGGACUGGAUCUGGCUAAUCGGCUACAGCUGCUCAACAAAGACAGUCACUCUUUGGGGGAGGAGCCGAGCCCCCUCGACCCAGGCCGGAGGUCACCAGUAGGAGGUGCCAGAUGUGUGGACAGUGGAGAGAGUAAAUCGCUGUUCUCCAGCCUCGGUGAACUCCACACCAUCUCCCAGCGAGGAUAUGGCGCCAGCUAUACGGUCCGACCAGGAAGUCGCUACCCUGUCACCCGCCGGAGCCCCUCUCCCUCCCCCUCUGAUAGGUCAAUAGGGCUGGCCUCCUCCCCCACCACCUGCUCUGAAAGGCCAGAUCUGAGCUCGGGUCGCGGUCUAACCAUCCUGAAGUCGUCCAGUCUCAGUCUCCCCUCUGAACCAAAGGAGGUUCGGUUUGUGAUGCGAAGCGCCAGCGCACGAACCCGCUCCCGUUCCCCUUCACCUUCACCCCACGCCUCACCUUGCCCCUCCCCGGUCCUCAGUGGCCCCCUGUUGGCCCUUCGGCCAUGGAGGCAGCGGCCCCUGAACCUGUGGAACAAAUACGACGUGGGUGACUGGCUGGAGAGCGUGGGCCUGGCCGAACACCGCCAGCGCUUCCAGGAGCAUGAGAUCGAAGGCUCCCAUCUCCCCGCCCUCACCAAGGAGGACUAUGUGGAGCUGGGUGUCACCAGACUGGGACACCGAAUCAACAUCGAGAGGGCACUCAGACAGCUGCUGGAUGGUUCCACUUGACCCCUCACCUCUGACCACAGACCUCUAGACAUCCUGAACUGUGACCUCAUAACCCCUGACCUCUGGUCAGACACUAGGCCAUCUCUUUGACUAGGAUAUCUUAGCAGUGAUUGAAUCUUUAGACCUUUUUACCAACACGGAGCCCAGCUCUCAUUUUGGCCUGUCAGCUGUUUGAUCAACUCGGUGCUGUUCGGAGCGGUAGCACCGAGCUCUGUGUCCAGUAUUUGGCUUUAGUUUUGACGUCUGUUAACAUCUAGUGCCUACUGUUCUUACUGAAAAAAAAAAAAAAAACGGGUCAGGAGCCAACCAAGCCGGAGCUGUUACUGAUACCGAUGCCAUUUUGACAAACUACCAUUUCGUUUAAGCACAAGGCCUUCAAACCAAAAACACGUCUGACAUUGCACAGAGCACGGUCCGUAUUUUCAAAAGGAGAGAACAGGCAGCUGCACAAGACAAAUCAGUAUCCACCAUGCUGGGUUUCCACCCGGUAUCACAGUCGAAGCCAAAAUAAAAUCAACUUCGACUCCAAAUGCGAUGACGGGAGGCGGCGACAAUUUUGCUGCAACUCUCCUCCCCCUUUAAGCCUGGCAGAAAAUGUCAGAGGACGAGGAUACCGGGCUAGAAAAUUAGGGUCGCGAUGAUUUACAUUCACACGUAGCAUCCUGGUUAGCUGCUUUGUAGGAUUAUGAGCUGCUUUUCAUUCUGCACACAACAUUGGCCAGGGCUGUUCACUCUGGGACGCUGAGGUCUAAGAAAGUCCAAAAAUAUUCAAAACCCUUCAAGUUGAGAUUCAGAGAGAAAAAAUUUUUGCAGCUUGUCUUUUUUUUUUUUUGACAGAAAUGUUGGCUGCACUCUCUUAAACUUGCAGCUACAUCUCAGGUUUUCAUGAGAAUUUAGCAGCAGCACAACAGCUAAAAGAUUCUUACCAGAGAAAACUAGUCAAAGGAAUUUACAGAGAGACGGCAGCACUCUGCAUUAUGGCUACUAACGAUUAUUUUCUCUGUUUUCUCUUGACCAACAGUCCAAAACCCCAAAAUAUUCAAGUUUUCUAUCAUAGAAAACUUUCAGACGCUGGAGCAUUUUGUCUAAAACAAUAACAAACCUAAAAAAUUACACAGUUAUUAAAAUUGUUGUCGAUUUAUUUUCUGUCGACCAACUAGUCAAUUGAUAAACCAAUCGUAUCAGCUCUACUCUCCCUCUAAUGUCCUUUCACUGACUGACUGGCUAAGCCUUAACGGUUACCCACAUUCUGCACUAGCUAGAGCUAGUUUUUCCAAAUACUGAUGUAAUGUAGCCGUUAAAAAAAAAAACUUUCUCAGUGUUUGUUUUCUGUGUAUUCCGAACUGAAUUACGGAAAAUACUGACUAAAAUUUCUGAGUUUUGACUUUGCAUUAGAUCCUGCUGAAGCUAGUUUACAGCGUGUCAUC